AUGACAAGCACUGAGUUUGAAACAGUUAAAAAGAUAGACAAUGAGACCAAAGUGGUUAGAAUAGGUGAUUUAAACGUAAGAUACUCAAAGAAAUACAAAAAAUAUUCUUUGUCAGACAUUUUAACACUAUCUGAAGGAAAGAAAGCACACGACUGGGUUAAAAAUGCUUCAACUCAGAAAAUUUUGACAAGAAAUCCUGAGCUUAUUAUAUCAGUAAGAUUCUAUGGAACAAGAGCAUAUCUUAUAGACAAAAGUCUUAUACCAGUAGUUUUGUUCUGGAUUGACCCAGUUGUUGGAUAUAAUUUCAUAACAUAUGGUUCAUUCGAUACAGAACGUUGCAGUGAAGGCUUACUUUACAUCGUUCAGAAACCGAAGGACUUCAAUACAAAGAGAUAUAAGAUAGGAAGAACAUUUAAUAUAACUCAAAGAUAUGACAGUAUAGUCAAUAGAGUUAAGGUUGUGUUUGUUAACGA